GUUCUGGUGUAAAUAGAGCCAUAUCUGGUUUCCAAAGUGGACGUCUUAGUAAUGAUGGAAUUGUAGAUGGGAGGUUCGGUGGUGGUUUAGAUGGAAGGAGAUUAGCUGCAGCAUUAGGUGGAACUGUCGCAGGAACUGCAGCAGGGCUAGCAUCCGCUCUUAGUGGAGGAUUAGCUUCUUCACUAGAUGGAACAGGAAGAUUUUCUGGAACAGUAGGAGGCAAUUUCAGAGGCAGAUUUGGACCCGGUUUGAGUGCAACUGGUCCAGGUUUGACUGCAACUGGUCCCGGUUUGGGUUCAGCUGGUCCUGGUUUGAGCGGAUUUGGUCUCGGUUUGAGUGCAUCUAGCUCCGAUUUAAGUAGAACUGGUCUAGCAGUGAGUGGCCUAUUCCCAAGUGUAAGUGGAUUAGGCCCUAGUACCAGCAGAUUUGGUACCGGACGAGAUGACACAACCAGUAGAGGAGGUUUCAUCACCAUAAGUUACCAAGCAUACAUCGGAUUGAUCUCUUAUAUUUCAUCCCUCGAAAGAACCCUUACUAUUAAUACAGGUGUCAGAACUGGUUUUGGAGGAAGACAGCCCGGAAGCAAUUUUGUAAGUGGAUUUUCUAGAGUAGUAUCUACACCUGGAGGUCAAGGAAUUAUUUCCACUUUUCAACCAAGAGGCUUUGUAAGUAGACCUAGUGAUGAGCUAUCAGUCAGCCGCCCUGCAGGCCAAAUUGUUGCAUCUUUCCAACGAAGUGGCAGUGUUAGCAGUCCAAGUGGCGAUUUGUCAGUUCGCGUUCCUGUAGGUCAAGUUAAUGCACCUUUCCAGCCAAGUGGUUUUGCUGGUAGACCAAGUGAUUCUACUUCAGCAAGUUUGGAGGGGAGUUUUGGAACAGAUGGCUCUAGUACAUUUGGACCUGUUUGGAGAUUUGGAGUAAAUGGUGUCAGAGGUGUUGCAGAUCGUAGCGGAGUUAGAAUCACAGACGGAAGAGGAGUUGCAACCACAGACGGAAGUGGAUUCAGAAUUACAGAUGGAAGUGGAUUUAGAACCACAGACGGAAGUGGAGUCAGUAUCACAGAUGGAAGUGGAUUUAGAACCACAGACGGAAGAGGAUUCAGAAUCACAACAGGAAGUGGUGGUAGAACCACAGACGGAAGAGGAUUUAGAAUCACAGACGGAAGUGGAGUUAGAAUAACAAGGAGAAAUGGAUUAAUAGUUAAAGCUG